UUGUGCUUAAGCAAAUUCAAUUUGAACAAAACAAUUACUUGGACAUUUAAAUUUUUCAUUUCGCCUUGAUAGAAAGACAAAGUUGGCAACAACUUAAUCAAGAAAAGAACGCACUAAACUAAUCCCAACAAGCAAUUGAUUAAGGGAAUGAAACAUUCUAAUCCCAACUUGAUAUAAGGCUAAUUAAGCCCUGUGUUGUGAAGUUGAAUUUCUGAGCUUCAGGUCUACUAAGAAGUUAUAGUAUUAAAGAUGCAAGGCCUUGUACGAUUUUGCCGUGAACAUAUACACAUCAAGAAACAGCAUCACUUACUGAACUUGAUAAAGCAUAGAAAAGGUGCAAUGGUUGCAAGAUCCUACUCGAUGCCAUUGCCGGAGAAGGGACUGCACAACACAACGAUUGCAGAGGUGCUAUCGACCAAAGGGCAAGACAGGAUCGGAUCCUGGGUCUGGUGUCGAACAGAUGACACCGUCUAUGAUGCUGUCAAGCAAAUGGCACAGAACAACAUAGGGUCUCUUGUUGUCCUGAAGCCGGGAGAAGAGCAGCACAUAGUAGGAAUCCUAACGGAACGAGACUAUUUGCGUAAGGUGAUCGUGCAAGAUAGGUCCUCUAAGUACACAAAAGUUGGGGAGAUCAUGACUGAUAAGGACAAGCUACUGACAGUAACAUCAGAUACAAACAUUCUUCAUGCAAUGCAGCUCAUGACUGAGAAUCAAAUUCGGCAUGCCCCGGUUAUAGAUGGGAAAAUAGUAGGCAUGAUUUCCAUGGUCGAUGUUGUGAGAGCUGUGGUGGAGCAACAACAUGGUGAAAUGAAGCGACUAAACGAGUUUAUUCGAGGAGAUUACUAUUAAGGCUCGUAUGCAGUAACAUGGAAUAAUAUAUAUCUGCAAUUAGGCAUUUGCCAACCGAAUCAAUCUCGCAACAAUGUUACUUCAAUUUCAAACCUUCAAUCAUACUAUAUUAAUGGCAUUUUCUCAACAAGCAGUCGAUUUAUAGCAAAACAUUUCAUACCUUCAACACUUGUUUAUAGAAUCUAAACCUCUGUUUUACGAGAGAUCACACAAACAGUCCACGCCCUAUCUUAGACAAAUCUAUUCAAUAACACGUUUUAUAACAUAACUAGGAAAAAUUGGGACAUUUUUCAGACGUAAACAAACCAAACACAACAUAUCAGAAUAGCACUGAUGGAUUCCCUUUAAUAAGUUGGCACCAAAACCUCCACACUUAUUACAACUCACAAUAACAAUUUAUACUCGUCGUUUUUUCUUUUCUGAUACCUCAUACUUACUAGAAAGCAUAAGAUUCCUACAAAAACGAACGUCAAGCUUAAAUUCCAACAAAAAUAAGUUCAUAAA